GCUCAUGGAUCGCAGAAGAAACGUGUGCGAAGAAAAGUGCGUCAAAACUUCAACGCAGUUGCUCAUGAAAAACAACCGUAGGAACAAGGGAAUACGGUUUUUAGAUUGGUAGAGAAGAAAAAUAAAACUACAAAGACAAGCUGUCUAGCAAUAACAAAAAGCGACUACAAGAAGUACCCGGCGACAUCGACGACUGAAGGUUUAUUUCUUAUUGUAUCCCCGACGACACCGUUGCGAUCGCAACUGGCGACAAUAUUUUUGAAAAAUCGCGAAUAUAAAAAUAUCCUUGACGACAAAAACAAAUCGAAAUCACAACGUGCUUACAUCCUGGAUCGUCAUUACUCUGGAGGCCUCUAGUAUUCCACGACCACGACCGAAACAAUGGAGCGGAUUGUUCAGACCUUCAUGACUGGCUUGGGAUUUCGGACCAGCCCCCAAACUGGCCAACCCGCGGUGGAAGAAGCAGUCCCCAAAGUGGACGCAGCGGACAACCAGAAUUGUGCCGCAAAGCCGGCGGAAGAUUAUGUGCAGGUAUUUUUUACUGUUGCUUCUCCUUUUCACUUUUGUUUCUGCAUGUUAUCUUCUUUGCGCCUACACAGAAAAACUUUUGCUUAAGCAUGCUGUUUUAAAGAGGGUAUAGUAAGUUUGUAGCCCAUCCUCCUGCACGAAGCGCGAGCGGCAAGUGAGGUCGGGGAGAAGUGGACUUCAUCUUUUUUUGCAAAAAAAUCAGAUUUCGUGUCAAGCGAAUUCCACCGACCAAGACGAGCACAAGAAGAUGAAGGAGGACGACCCCUGUUGCAGUAGCCUGCCGGUGCCGAAUAUGGAUUGCAAAUAUGUGUGGUGCUGGAGGGUUGCAACUUGUAAUGCUGUCUUUGGACUUCAACAAAAUUUGUAUUGCAUGACCAGCAACAGCAUUCCAGUUUGUGUUACGCGGAGAGGGCAUUUCUCAUGCGUAGUAGGCAUUAGCUGUAGCAGGUCCGCCAAAAAUCUGUGAUGCUAGAGCAUGCAUAUUCGUAGCGUAGGCAUCAUGGAUCCUACAAAACAUGCAUGACGAGCCUGGCAAUCUUCCAGACCCCGACAUAUUUGCAUUUGAUACCGAAAUGCAAACGUGCGAAAGUCGACGAAGAUCACGGAGCGGGGAAGAAAGUAGAGGAUGUGCAGCAAGAACCCCAAGAACAUAGCGGCCAGCAGCAGCAGGUAUAGCAUAGUAGAGUUGUUUUAAGUUUCAGUAUUCCUGUCAUCACUGUCGUGGAAGAACUUACUCUACCUGCUUGAUUUUGAAAUUGGAAAUUCGUGUAAAAGAGAAAUGCUGCACAAGACAGAAAUAAAUCGGACACGCAAGAAUAAGAAAAGGUUUAAAAUUACAUCAUGUCUCUAUCGACUAAAAACUCCAGUUGUUGGUAGCAGCGGAUCAACAGGACGACAUGGAGGAGGACGAAGAUAUCCUCAGCAAAAUCCUCCCCACCUCGCUCCCCAUGGUUAUUGAGAUUGGACUUGAUUUGCAAUACAAGGCUAGGGCUUUCGGGGCUGACCACGCAUGAGAGGCUCUUGCGCUCUACAUUGUAGUCAUGCCUAGCUAGUUGUGCGGAAGAUGCAUCCUAAAUCCACCGUCUUAGUCUGAUUACCGCAUUUCAGAUCCCGCCCACACACAAAUAGAAAAUGCCUCCAAUGCGAAGCCGCAGGAGGACGAGAGACUUGCUGAGCAGGCAAGUUUGAAUCAAUGUUAAGACUGGGGUGCCGGGGUGGAGACGUUUUUCGUAAGGAUAGACGAAGUUGUUGCGGAACCUAACGUGCCCAAGACUUUCCACAGGUAUCAAGCGCAAACAUGUCAGGGGCUAGAACUGUGCGACACCGGUUGAUCACGCAUGAGAGAACUCUAGUUCGUUGUUCUUUGCGGAGCAAGAAUAUUUAUUCAGUGGGCAGCUCAUUUGUUUUAUUGCAACUCACACAGUGCUGAUUUAUUUUCUGUGGCUCCCUUCGCAGCAUGACGAGUCCUUUCUCGACCCAGAGAUAUUUGCCUUCGAUAACAAAAACGCGGUGACGAUGUGGUAUUGGAACCAGAGUAGACUUAUUAGUACCUUCAUGCUCGGCGAAACCAUCGUCCUCGCACUGACCCACCCGCUCCCGUUCAUGGAGGAACUGCUCAACUAUCUGAAGAAAGAUUUGCGCUUCUUUACCCCCGAAGGAUUGCCGAAGGUCGUGAUCGCGGGUAUGGACUUCUCAAGCGUUACAUUCUCAAUUGUUACAUGAAUUAGUGAUGCAAAAAUAGCAAGAGAGAAAGGCGGAAGAUUGCGCCUCUUGCAACACAGGUUUGGCAGCACAGAUUUACCUGUUGUUUAGCCCUUCGGAAAUUUGUCUUGCGAAGCAGCUUGAUGGUGUAGAUUCUGACGAGAGUUUUGCAUGACAAAUCAUGUAACAGUUGAGAGUGUAACAUUUGAGAACGCCAUAGCGCGCCGUGAGUUAGCUGUCGCGUUUUUAGAGAACUCCACCGCCGCCAUGAGAGCUUCUUGGAAGCAAUCCGUGAAAGAUCUGAAGUUGCCCGACCUCUAUCAAAUGCAAAAGUGUCUGGGUCUGGAGGAGUGCAGACUUGUCAUGCAUAUUUUCCAUGCCGAUGCUCCAUGAGGUCUGGAAUGCAGGACCUAGCGUGACAGAUUCUGCGGAGUCUCUAUCAUGCCUCUCCUGCAUGUUAAACUCCCGCUCACGUUGGUCCUAAAGGGACAUUUUUUGGUGAUCGCGCAACACAGAUUUUUGUGUGACCCACAGGACGCAUCACAAGUUCCAUCCUCCCAGACCCAGACAUUUUUGCAUUUGAUAACCUCCGCGAGAAAUCGUGGAAAACGUCCCGCAGCCUGGGCGCAUUCGCGAAGUGGCUCCAAGUAUCAAGCGCAGUUAUGUCUGGGUCUGAAAGAAUGAAGCUUCUCAUGCGAAAUUUGGAUCUCAAAAAGAUCUGUGUUUCAUGAACGCCAAUAAUUGAGCACCCAAUGCUCGCUAGGCAGAAACCGAAUUUCUCAUGCGGAAUACAUAGGCAUGAGGAAGGUCUCAAAAAAUCUGUGAUGCUUCUGCGUGCAUUGCAGACCAUGAGUGUGGAUAUGGUUCCUUCUGGUCCGCGAGAUGCAUGACAAAUUUUGCAAUUUUCCAGACCCAGACAUUUCGCAAUUGAUAGCAAGCAUUCUGGCGGGAGUUCGCCCAACCGGUAGGCAGUUGCAUACUGCUCAAAGCCAGAAAAUCCGAGGGGGGGACACACAGGUAGAAGCGAGCCCAUCGAUCUUUUUUUUUGAUUACGCGCCCCAGGCUUUUCAUGUACUGGCACUACAAAUUAUUUCCAGCAAGCUCACACGCUCGCGCCUGUUCUUCUAUUUCUACUCUCAGCGGGUGCUUCCUCGUGAAGUAACGCGCCCGCUCUGCAGUUUCGGUGUGGUCUCGGCCGCGCGCCGAAAAUUUUCGGAGUCUGAAGAAAACAUACUCUGGCAGUGAUGUUCGUGAUAGAUUCAGAUUCCCUUUGAAAAUAACGCAUGUCAGGUUCUUUUCCUGGGUCAUGAAGGUGGUAGAGCAAGAGCCCGUCUACCGCAUGGGCAUUCCGCACCGGGUGGUCAGGUGCCGCGGAUUCGUGGAUGACAAGUUUGCGCGGGAAUUGCAGCCACAUCGUAACUAUCAAAUGCAAACAUGUCUGGGUCUGGAAAGAUCCAACUUUUAGUGCUGCCUUUGGAUUCUACAUAAAAUCUGUACUGCAUGAGCAGGAAAAGAGGUCCAGCUGUUGCUUCGCAAAGAGGGAAUUUCUCAUGCGGCAGGAGCAUCAGAAAGCUCUCCCAGAAUCUGUGAUGCUAGGCGUGCAUCACAGACAUCAUGCCUCAUGGAAAAUAUGCAUGACAAACCUUGUACUCAUCCAGACCCAGGCAUAUUUGCAUUUGAUAGUAGCGCGAACUGCCGCCUGAGCGACGCGAAGGUGGAGAAACUGCUAGCGGAAAUGACCACGAUUUCUUCGCUAUCCUGUGUAAAAACGUCCCCACCCCAGAGCUGUUAUGCAAAUCUGCACUCCAAAAAGGUUUCUCACGCGAAACCACAUGAGAACCAUUUUCUAAUGGUAUUUUGGAACUUGUGAUGCUACAAUCAGCAUGAUAUGCUAGAUCUGUGAUGCUUCUGAAAUACCUAAACAGGAUUACACUACGAGGACAAACUUGUCAUGCGAAACAACCAAAGCUGGCUCUUGCUCAUUUGUCUAGCAGAUUUGCCAUCUUGAUUCUGGUGCGCGGACGUUUUUACUCAGGAUAUUCGUCUAAGGGCUGCAGUGGCACCAGUGCCAAUCCCUCCGGCUGCAGCAGCAAGUAGGUUGGUUCGACUCUUCAACAAGGACUAGCUAGGUCUGCUACUUACUUUGACUGCACAAGUUGCGCGCAAGAGCUAAGACGAGCUUCGAGCUUAUUAACGAAACAGAGGAACAGCAACUCGCUCGGUGAACUAUUUUUGAUUUUUGUCGAUAAGUGUAUCAUGUAUCACAACAUCUCACCUAGUUUCUUUCGACGCAAAAUGCUAGAUAUAAUACAACUCAGCAUGAGCAACAGCCAAUGAAUACUUUUAGCACAACAACGACGCUUUGAUGUAUUUUCGCCGCUAUCUUCCCAGCGGGAGUGGAGGUUUUGGAAGUUUAGCGGAGAAGGUUGUAAUAGACACAGAUUGAUUGUUCUCCACGGGCAUCUACAACGGACACCUACAACUACUGUCCGGCUUUUAUCAACAUGAAUGUCAUUCUACGCGACUUGAUCGCGCUGCGCAAACGGGAGGCGUUUCCUGUUUGUUUGGAUACAAUAUAAUUACGGAAAUCGUUUUUUAUCUCAGUGUGCAGUUGCUCGAGUACAACACAACACAGGAUUCAAACAACAAAGAAUGUACUUGAUAGACAUUACGUAGGUGCCAUGCCCAUCGGAGCAGGAGGGAAUACGAAACUCAUUGUUCUUGUCUCGCGUCCAUCGAACACUGUGCCUAUGCGAAU